GCAUCCGAAGAAAGAAGAAAGAAGAAAAAAGAGGGGCACAAAAUACCAAAAGGGAGAAGAAAAUCAUCUGGCGUCCCUCCCUCCCUCCCCCCCUCUCUCUCUCUAUCAGGUCUAAGGUCUCCUCUCCCUUUUUUCGUUUUCGUCUGCGGUCCGAGGGUCUCGCCAAUUGUUCUUCUGUAUCUGGUUUUGUUGGUCGCCUAUCAGCGAAUUUGCUGAGAAUUGGUGGGGGGUUCGAGAGGCGAUCUGCGAGAUCUAUGUAUUCUUUGCUGGGGAGGUCUUGCGUCGGGGUGAGGCCUGGGGUUUCCGACGUGCUGAAUGCUUCCACGGCGGGAUAAAUGCCCGGAAACGGAGAUUUGGGGCUGCCUGGCUUUCUUCUGGUCCUGGUCGUCGUCCCCUUCGUCUCCUUCCUUGUACGCCGAAAAUGGAGGCAGGCCGAGGCCCGUAAGCAGGAGAUUAGGCGUCUCCUGAUCCUUGCGUCUGAAGAGUCUGCUCGGGCUGAGCUCACGGCCGCCCUUGAGUACCGGGCUUCAUCUUCCUUGGCCUUCUCCCCACCCCCUCCCAUCGCCACCACUUUCACCGUCAACGCCGUCCCUGCUGUCGCCUUCUCCUCCUCCUUUUCUUCUUCCCCCUCCUUGUCCACGAACACAGCCACGACCACCUCCUCAUCCUCCGUCGCCUCCUCUGCUGCCGCUGCUAACGUGUGCGCCGUCUGCUUCGAGCCCACCUCCACCCGAUGCUCCAGAUGCAAGGCUGUCAGAUACUGUUCUGGAAAGUGUCAAAUCAUUCAUUGGCGGCAAGGCCACAAAGAGGAAUGCUGUCCUCCCAAGACGAUCACCUCAAGUAACAUUGAUCCAGGGGUUCCUCAAAAAAAUGUGGCAUCAGAAUGUCCAACAUUAAAGGAUGACAACGACCGGUCAGAGAGUAGCAGGCUAUCAAAUAGUGUUGAGCCAUCUCUGCAAGAGGUUGGUUCUUCUGCUACAAGUGUGAGGCAAGACAAGGAUGCUGCGCCUCUUGCUGAUUCUUCAGGGGAAGCUGCUGAUUCUGCAAUCAGCUUGUCUAGAUGCAACAGGGACACUGACUUAUCAACUUAUGACUCUGAUUCCGUGUCCCCUAUCAUCCAUUCAUCUUUGAGACCUAAAGUACCCAUUUCUAGUGGUAUUGCCUCGCUCUCACCUCUGAAAGCUCCCAAUGGAAAUGAAGAAAAUGGGUCAGAUGAUUCAUCUUCUGGGUCGGCUGACCUUAUGAGUGUGGCAAAAGUAAAUGAUAAUGUUCCUUCUUCAGGAAAGUUCAUCAGACAGUCAGCUGAGAUUAAUGGCGUAUCCACUCAAUGCACAAAGUCUGCCAGCUGUGCUGUUUCUGAAAAUGUUAUUGGCUCUACUGCUGGUGUUGCACCUCAAGCUUCAGAAGCUGUUCGUGAUCCCAUUGAAUCUUUUCAAACUUCAGAUGGCGGAAAGCCUAUUCAGCCCAGUUCCAGUAAUAUCCGUGAUAGUUCUGGAUGUUCUCCUAGCCCUUUGCUCUAUACAUCUGAUAAUCCUGUUUCUGUUAAACUAUCUCGAUCUUCUUCUACUCCUAAGUGUCGCCCAAGUGAUCAUACUCUUUACAAGCACAGUAUGAAAGGGAUGCCUGGUAGUGGAGUUGCAUUAAAUAAUUUCAUCACAGAAAAUACCAAGCCCAAGGAUUCUUUGGAGGAUCAGGGGAAAUUGCAACCACGAUCCAGCCAAGCUGUUGUUGAUAAAAUCUCAUCGAAAUCAAGCACCUGGAGGUCAACAGCACAAGUUGCUCCUGUUGGUAAUUUACCAUCUAUUGAUCCAGGACGUAGUGCUUCACGUGCUACACCUGAAAAGUCUACUAAUGCCUCUGAACCAACAAUCUCUAGAACAGUUCGCAAAGUUGUUCAGCAGUUUAGAGGACCAAAACGUUCAAAACAAAACUCAGUAGAAUCUGGAAAUGAAAUUGCUGGGAAGCCAAAGGUGAUCCUCUCAUAUGACUUGUUUGUUAAGCUAUACAAUGAAAAGGUGGAGCUGUAUCCUUUUGGCCUUUCAAACUGCGGUAACAGCUGUUACGCGAAUGCUGUGCUUCAGUGCUUGGCAUUCACUCCACCACUUACCGCAUAUCUUCUUCAGGGACUACAUACUAAGAAAUGCAAAAGAGCAGAAGGGUGCUUUACCUGUGAAUUUGAGCGUCUUAUUCUACAAUCCAAGGAAGGAAAGUUUCCUCUGUCCCCAAUCAAGAUCCUAUCACAAAUGCACAGCAUUGGAAGUCACCUUGGUUAUGGUAAAGAGGAAGAUGCACACGAAUUCUUGAGGUAUGCGAUUGAUGCAAUGCAAUCAGAAAACCUAGCAGAAGUGGGUGGGAAUGUAUCAGCUUCAUUCAUUGAAGAAGCAACUCUUCUGCAGCUAACAUUUGGGGGCUAUCUUCUUUCUUAUAUAAAAUGCUUGAAGUGUCAUGGUAGAUCAGUAAGGCGAGAAAAGAUGAUGGAUCUAACGGUGGAGAUAGAUGGAAAUAUUGGGACUCUUGAAGAAGCACUGAAGCAAUUCACGGCUCCUGAGAUCUUGGAUGGUGACAAUAAGUACCUGUGUGAAAGAUGCAAGGCCUAUGUGAGAGCUCGGAAGAGGUUGAAAGUGUUUGAGGCUCCUAAUGUCCUUACAAUUGUUUUAAAGCGAUUUCAGUCUGGGAAGUUCGGAAAAAUCAAUAAGCCUGUUCAUUUUCCAGAGGAACUGGAUUUGACACCUUAUAUGAGUGAACAGGACAUCAGAUUGCCUUCAUACAAGCUCUAUGGGGUGGUUGUUCAUUUAGAUGUGAUGAAUGCCUCUUUCUCUGGUCAUUAUGUGUGCUAUGUCAAGGCCAAGCAUGACAAGUGGUACAAGAUUGAUGACAGUAAGGUAAAACCGGUGGAGCUUGACAGGGUUUUGUCCAAGGGAGCAUAUAUGCUCUUAUAUGCAAGGUCGUCACCAUGCCUGCCAAAUUCGAUAAGGCAUGUCAUGAAUAGAAGCAGGAAGAAUGAUGCAGGCCUCUUGAACCGUAGCAGCAGUACGCCUAGGUCAAGAUCAGACAACAUUUCAGCAACAACUGGAUGGUUACACGACCAUGUUCAUAAGACGGAUGAUGCUCUUAGAUCUGAAUCUUUCAGUUCAUUUGAUGCUGGAACAUUUGGUCGACCUCCUGGAACAGAUUCCUCCAGUGAUAAUUCUUCCCUGUUCAGCUGCUCAGAUGAAGCUUCCUGCAGCACGGAGAGCACCAGGGACUCAACGAGCACUGAUGAGUACUCUUACAUAUUUGGAGAGCCAGGACGCUACAGCUGGAGCAGUCCAGCGAACAUCUCAGAAGGUAGCCCAGUUGGAUGUUCGCACUCAAUGGCUGGUGGCAGCAAUGGCGAAGACCAUGAACAGGAUUACCUGUCUAUGGAUUUCAUUUUUCCGAACCAUAGAUCUUCUUCCGAGAGACUAAAUUAUGAUAAGAUUGCAAGGGCAGGCAAGCGGGAGUCAUGGGCAAGGGAAGAAGGCCCUACCUUUUUGUAUUCUGAUCCAACUAACCUGUGUAGUAGUAGUAGUAGUAGUUACAAUUAUAGUAGCGGCGAGAUCGGCUCAGAAAUGUUGGGCACGGCCCAUGGUGACGAGGGUACACAUCGUAUACGUGCGAGGUGGUCCAGGGAAAGAACAGCAAACAAGUUCUUGUAGAGAAAUAAAUUUUCUUUUUUUCCUUCUGAGUUAUAUAAUAAUCAUAUGUAUCAUGUCGUCGGUGGCAAUGGAAAGAAAUCACUUUGCCGUUGUUGUUU